AUGCGGUGUUGCCACGGUACACGGCCGUUCGUCGUUUGCUUGGCUGCCGGGAGACUGGAGGUCGAGGUUUUCCGGCAGUACAUUGCGCAGGACGUGCAUUUUCUCAGGGCUUUCGCUAGCGCAUAUGAGAUGGCAGCUGAGUAUGCUGAUGAUGAUGAUGAAAAGACGGCGAUUCUUGAUCUGAGAAAAGCUACCCUGGAGGAGCUAAAACUGCAUGAUUCAGUUAUGAAAGAAUGGGGUGUUGAUCCAAACAAAGAGAUAACUCCCAAUCCCGCAACACUUAAGUAUACAGAGUUUGUGCUUGCAACAGCUAAAGGAAAAGUUGAUGGAGGUAAAGGCCCUGGACAGAUUGCCACUCCUUUUGAGAAGACCAAAAUUGCUGCUUAUACAAUAGGCGCUAUGACCCCUUGCAUGAGGCUCUAUGCUCACUUGGGCAAAGAGCUUCAAAUGUUUCUUUCUCAUGAUGGAAGUGAUCAUCCCUACAAGAAAUGGAUCGAGUAUUAUUCAUCCAAAAGUUUUGAGGCAGAAGCUGUCCAAAUAGAGGAAUUGCUAGACAAAUUGAGUGUUCCACUGACCGGAGAGGAGCUUUCCUUGAUAGAAAAACUCUACCUUCAGGCUAUGAAACUUGAGACCGAAUUCUUUUCUGCUCAGCCAAUUGCUCAACAAUCUGUAGUUCCGUUGACAAAACUAAAUGAUCCGAUAGAACACCUUUCCAUAUUUUCUGAUUUUGACUUGACAUGUACCAUAGUCGAUUCUUCCGCGAUUUUAGCAGAGAUUGCAAUUCUAACUGGAGCUAAGGUUGACCAGGGUGUUACUGAUGCAAAAAAGAUUUCUUCAGAUAUGAGAAGCUCUUGGGAUGCACUCUCAAGUAAGUAUACUGAGGAGUAUGAAGCUUGCAUUGAGGGCUUACUUCCAAAAGAAGAAGAUAAGGAAUUUGAUUAUGAACAUCUAUAUAAAAGUCUUGAGCAGCUUGCCAACUUCGAAAAACGUGCGAAUACGAGGGUUGUUGACUCAGGAAUGCUAAGAGGGGUAAACUUAGAUGACAUAAAAAGGGCAGGGGAACAUUUGAAGCUCCAUGAUGGGUGUAAAGAUUUUUUUCAGAAGAUUGUAAAGAAGGAAACACUGACAGUCAAUCUUCAUAUUCUCUCAUAUUGUUGGUGUGCAGAUCUUAUAAGGUCUGCCUUCUCAUCAGUGGGCUGUCUCAAUGAACUUUCCAUACACUCGAACGAAUUCAACUUCGAGGGGUCCAUUUCAACAGGAGAGAUCGACAUAAAGAUGCAGUCACCGCUCGACAAGGUCGAAGCUUUUACUAACGUCUUGAAUCAGAACAGCGGGGACAAACAUUUAUCUGUCUACAUCGGGGACUCAGUUGGCGACUUGCUCUGUCUAUUAAAAGCUGACGUCGGUAUUGUUGUGGGAUCAAGCGGAAGCUUAAGGAGAGUUGGGAGGCAGUUCGGUGUUACUUUUGUUCCACUCUUCCCUGGUGUUGUAGCUAAGCAGAGGGAAGGCUCCAGAUGGAGAGGUUUAUCUGGCACUCUCUAUAUGGCUUCAAACUGGUCAGAGAUACAGGCUUUUGUUUUGGGAGCAUAAAAAAUUCUUUUAGUCAUUCAGUAUUCUUCCCUUGUUUUUUACUUGCAAGAUAUUAGGCAUUCUUGUAUACCAGAAGGUAUAGGUACUAAUCUUUGGCUCAUUUUAAAAGAAGCCACAAUUCAACUGCCGCUUAGUGUCAUCCUCCUAUUUGCUUUGAAGUGAAAAGAUAUGUAGUCUUCCAGCUGAGUUCAGGAUUUGAUGACAUCGUAGGCAACGAGCAGAAACUAUCAGUAGCUUUGAUCUCAUGCAUGUAUUGGUCUAUACUUCCUUUUCCCUUGAACAUAACUAGGCAUUCCCGUGAGCAAUUUGUCAUGUAAUCAAUUGUAUGAAAGGAUUAGAGAAUGUGGAAAAUGUAUAAGUUUCUAGCUGAGGGGACUCGUAAAGAUGUUAUAAAUUGGACUUGAGAGUCUCAAUGCGGUAGCUCAAUUUGAUUGUUUCUUCAGUAGCAAACCUGAUCAUUAAAAAUGCUCAAUUGUAAAUGUGACUACUAUACAUAUUCUGUCAUGAGCUUGAGUUCUUGAGAUGAA